AUGCGCUCAGUUACUCAAUUCAAACAAGGAGGUAUGGUAAUCGAACUAACAACCAAAGAAGCAGCCACUCUCAUUCAUAGCAACACUGACAUCAAAAACGAACUAACGCGCAACCUCAACCCAGAAGCCACCUUCAGAGAAAGAACCUACUCCCUAAUUGUCCUGUUCAUGCCGGUCAGCUAUGACCCAAGCAACAAAGACAAUAUAAAACAACUAGAGAAAGAAAAUGAAUGGAACGAAGGAGCUAUAUCAAUGGCCCAUUGGGUAAAACCAGUCGAGAAACAAUCAAGUACACAAAGAGUUGCACACUUAAUGCUAACCUUCACAGAUCCUCAAACGGCUAACUCAGUGAUAUGCAAAGGUAUCAUGGUGGACCAUAUGCUAUUAUGGCUGAAAAAGAACAGAUGA